CACUAAAUCAAUCGAUGACAGCGACUGAUUUUCGCAGUGUUCUCGGGUGACGACAUUUUGUCAAUAAUUCCUAAACUUGUUGGGAUCGUAGUAUAUUUCUUUAGUAUAUAGUGUGUUUUUAAGCCACGAAAAUGGCUGAUAAUGAACAGAAAGCAAUGCAGUUGAUGGCGGAGGCGGAGAAAAAGUUGAGUUCAUCUAAGACCUUUCUUGGGUCACUUUUUGGGGGAUCAUCAAAGGUGGAAGAAGCUGUAGACUGCUACCUCCGGGCCGGCAACCUGUUCAAGAUGGCCAAGAAGUGGGCGCAGGCUGGACAGGCAUUCUGCAACGCUGCGCAGUUGCACUUGAAGGCUGGGGUCCGCCAUGAUGCUGCCACCAACUUUGUCGACGCUUCCAACUGCUACAAGAAGUGUGAUGCUAAUGAGGCAGUCUCAUGUCUGUUAAAGGCAAUUGAGAUCUACACCGACAUGGGCCGCUUCACUGUUGCAGCAAAGCAGCAUCAGAACAUAGCCGAGUUGUACGAGACCGAGUGCGUGGACCUCGCGCGCGCCAUGCAGCACUACGAGCAAGCGGCGGACUACUUCCGCGGCGAGGAGUCCACCUCCUCCGCCAACAAGUGCAUGCUCAAGCUGGCGCAGUACGCCGCGCAGCUCGAGCACUAUGACAAGGCCGUGCAGAUAUACGAGCAGAUCGCCAAGUCGUCCCUGGACAACAGUCUGCUGAAGUACAGCGCCAAGGAGUACAUGUUCCGCGCCGCGCUGUGCCACCUGUGCGUUGACGUGCUCAACGCCUCGCACGCCAUCGAGAAGUACUGCGCGCUCUACCCCGCCUUCGCCGACACUAGGGAGUGCAAGCUUAUCAAGGAACUGAUCGAGCACCUGGAGGACCAGAACAUCGAAGGGUUCACCGAGGCGGUGAAGAACUACGACAGCAUAUCGCGACUCGACCAGUGGUACACGACCAUGCUCGUGCGCGUCAAGAAACAGAUCAACGACAACCCCGACCUGCGUUGAAUCCGCACCACCGUCGCCGCACAUAGGUUUGUGUGCUGUAGCUAGGUAGAUUUAUGAGCCUUUCCACCCUUUUCUUUAAC